GGCCGAAGGGGAUCUAAUAAGUAUAAGUUUCUCGUCUUCCCGCCCUUCGCCCAGAAGAGCGAGGUAGGGUUAUCGAGCGAGCGAGCGUCCCCGUUAGGAAUGGGGGCGGCGGGGACUCGGAAGAAGGUGCAGCGCAGGUUUAAACUCCGAGGCUUCACCUUGAAGGUGGACGCCUUGGAGGAGGUCGUCUCCUUCCUCUCCCGCUUCCCCGACGCCGAGGACGACGCCCUCGACCUCCUGAUCGACGAGAUCGACAAGGAGUCUCUAAAAUCGUCCAUUCUGGACAAGGAGGCCGUUCGCCGAGUGGUUAGCCUCCUCCUCGAAGCCGAAGCCGCCGUAGAUCCGGCGUCCGCCGCCGUCAGCAGCCGCUCGGCCUUACGCGUGAUCGACGCCUUUGUCGUACCUCGAUUUCAAUACGACCCCAUCAAAAAAGUGUUCUACGAGCGCACGGGGCAGUUGCCCAUCCACGGGGAAGCUGGCGACAAAGCCGACUUGUACAGGGACCGGCACCAACUGCUUCUCCAGAGGCUUUCCCGCGAUAAGUAUUUCUCCAGGUCGUCGUUUGAUUUUGAAAUGAGUGAAGCCGAGAGCUGUGAGAUAACCCCAGUACAGUCUCUGAUUGGAUGCGCUGGGAGGAGAUGGAUUAUGGGGGUGAUUUCUCAGCUGGAGGAAGGCCAAUUCUUCUUGGAAGAUCCGACCGCUGCAGUCCCGAUUGAUUUGUCCAAUGCAAAAAUCACUUCAGGGUUCUUUGUCGAGAACACCAUUAUUGUUGCUGAAGGCGAGUUGCUUUCAAAUGGGAUAUUUCAGGUUAAUACAUGUGGAUUUCCGCCCCUGGAGGAGCGAGAAGCCUCACUUUCACUACUGAUGGGCCUUGACUUCUUUGGUGGUGGUGUUCUAUCAACCGAAGAAACUCUCAGAUUAUCAGGACUGGAGAAGAAGGCAGUGAAUGACAUGUUUGUUGUACUUUCAGAUGUUUGGUUAGAUAAUGAAGAGACUAUGGAAAAGCUUGCUGUGGUAUUGGAUGGUUAUGAUAGUGUAGAGAUUGUUCCUUCUUUAUUCAUUUUAAUGGGAAAUUUCUGCUCUCGCCCCUGCAAUCUUUCUUACAAUGCAUUCUCGAAUCUCAGCUACUGCAGAGCCCAGUUUAAAAAGCUUGGUGAAAUAAUUGAAGCUCGAUCAAGACUAAAAGAGCACAGUCGUUUCCUGUUUAUUCCAGGUCCUGAUGAUGCAGGUCCCUCGAAAGUUCUACCGAGGUGUGCGCUUCCUAAAUAUUUAACUGAAGAACUUCAGAAACACAUUCCUAAUGCAAUUUUUUCUAGCAAUCCCUGCAGAAUUAAAUUUUACACCCAAGAAAUCGUAUUUUUCCGGCAAGACCUGCUCUACAGGAUGCGUCGAUCCUGUCUGAUUCCACCGUCAACAGAAGAAACAAGUGAUCCCUUUGAGCAUCUAGUUGCAACCAUUACUCAUCAGAGUCAUCUUUGCCCGUUGCCUCUCACCGUGCAACCUAUUAUUUGGAACUAUGACCACUGCCUCCGAUUAUAUCCAACUCCACACACUAUAGUUUUGGGGGACAGGAGCGAACAGAAGGCUUUCAAGUACACGGGGAUCACAUGUUUCAAUCCUGGUUCCUUCUCCAAUGACAACACCUUUGCCGCGUACCGACCUUGCACCCGAGAGGUUGAGCUGUCCGCACUUGAAAGUUAACUUGUGGCUCUUCGUUGGUUUUUACCAACACUGUUUUAACAGAAAGUGCGAGUCCCAGCUCCAACACCUUACAGCUUCUUGGUUGUAGCUCUUGUAAUGCACCCUUCUCAGGCGAAUAUGCUACCGAGAUGGCAGUUAGUAUACUAGGCGGCGGCGGCGGCGGCUCAACAGUCGACAAUGGUGGUCAAUACUCAAAUUUCAAUAGCAUGUUGCAAGGGGCAUAAAGCCUGGUGGCACAAAUAUGCGGAGGAGCUCAUUGUAGGCAUCUAUUAGGUGUAGCUAAUUCUUUGAUUUUAUUGCUACGUGAUUAAUACGCGGCUUAGGUAUGGCAAUCCAUUGAGAAAUUAGCAGCCUCAUCGUCAUUAUAAUCACUGUCAUUUCAUUCAUGUAAGGUUUAGAAAUAUAUUUUGGCAAACUACAUAUAGUGACAACUUUAUGGCAUGAGAUUAUCAAAUAGCUGGAAUGUGAAAGGACCAUAAGUUUCUUAAAUCAUACAAAGAAUUAUGAUUGCCUAAGAA